GAGCCUCACGAACCUAACCAAGACUAUUGAUCGUAUCCGAAUCCACACAAUUGGAAUCGAUCUCUUGUCCUUUUCGUCGUGUACAAUUUUGUUCAUUUCCUCUUCUCAACUUCUCUCUUUUCUCUUCGUAUUCCCCAUUUCUUCUACUCAUAAACCCUAAUAUUUCCCCCUUUUUGAAACAAAAUCAUUCCUAGUUAUACGCGUAGAUCAAAAUGGGUACCCUAGGAAGAGCUAUUUACACUGUAGGAUUUUGGAUCAGAGAAACUGGUCAAGCUAUCGAUCGUCUUGGAUGUCGUCUUCAAGGCAAUUACUAUUUUCAGGAGCAAUUAUCUCGGCAUCGGACCCUUAUGAAUGUUUUUGACAAAAGGCCCAUUGUUGACAAGGAAGCAUUUGUGGCACCUAGUGCAUCUGUAAUUGGCGAUGUGCAGAUUGGACAUGGUUCUUCCAUCUGGUAUGGAUGUGUCUUGAGAGGUGAUGUGAACAGAAUUAGCAUUGGAUCUGGGACCAACAUUCAAGACAACUCUCUUGUUCAUGUGGCAAAAUCUAACUUAGCCGGGAAGGUAUUGCCGACCAUAAUUGGAGAUAAUGUUACUGUAGGUCAUAGUGCUAUCUUGCAUGGCUGUACUGUUGAUGAUGAGGCAUUUGUGGGCAUGGGUGCCACUUUACUCGAUGGAGUAGUUGUUGAAAAGCAUGCUAUGGUUGCUGCCGGUGCCCUUGUUAGACAGAACACUAGAAUUCCUUCUGGACAGGUUUGGGGUGGCAAUCCAGCCAAAUUUCUUAGGAACCUUACAGAGGAAGAGAUGGCUUUCAUUUCUGAAUCUGCCUCUAAUUAUUCUAACCUUGCGCGGGUUCAUGCUGCUGAGAAUGACAAGGGCUUUGAUGAGAUUGAAUUCGAGAAGGUGUUGCGUAAGAAAUAUGCCAAGAAAGAUGAGGAAUAUGACUCUAUGAUCGGUAUUGUGCGAGAAACACCACCAGAACUCAUCCUACCUGAUAACAUUCUACCUGAUAAAAAUGCGCAAAAGUCUUCAUAGAUCAGGCUUUUCAGCAACGCUCGUGGCAUUGCUGGGCGUUGUUAGUGUUAUUUAGUCAGCUAUGCUCAAAUAUUACCAAGGAUGGCUGCCUCACUUCCAAUAAUUCAAAGUCCAGACAGUUGUUUGCUUAUAAUUUUAGGUUUGAUAUCCAUUCGGUUUUUGUUGUAAGAGAAUUUUGAUUCCUUGCGCUAUGUAAUUCUAAUGUUAAGACUAUUCUUUUAGGAUGUCAGUUCAUCUACUUAUCUUGCAGGCAAUGAAAAUAAUUGGCGUUUAUUGACUUGUAAAACCAGAAAUUGUACUGUAAGGAAGUAGAACUAGAAACUUAUUUGAUUGCCAAAUUAUACUUCGUACGGAAUUACCAUUAUGAAAAA